AAAGAAAUGGAGUGCAGCAGCAGAACUUCCAAUUUUCCUUCUGAUUUGGAGUACCAAACAGGAUUUGGGAAUCAUUUUUCAUCUGAAGCUAUAGUUGGAGCUCUACCUCAAGGUCAAAAUAGUCCUCUUAUUUGCCCCUUUGGACUUUAUGCUGAGCAGAUCUCUGGCACCUCUUUUACUUCCCCUCGCAAACUUAAUCAACGCAGUUGGCUAUAUCGUAUUAAGCCAUCGGUUACACAUGAACCGUUUAGACCAAGAAUGCCGAGACAUGAAAAGCUUGUGAGUGAAUUCAACCAGUCAAACAGUUCUGCUACACCAACUCAACUAAGGUGGAAGCCUGUUGAGAUACCAGAAACACCGACUGAUUUCAUUGAUGGUUUGUAUACUAUAUGCGGGGCUGGCAGCUCAUAUCUCCGACAUGGUUUUGCAAUUCACAUGUAUACUGCCAACAAAUCAAUGGAGAACUCUGCCUUCUGCAAUGCUGAUGGCGACUUUCUGAUUGUUCCUCAAAAAGGAAGGCUGUGGAUUACUACUGAAUGCGGAAGAUUGCAGGUUUGUCCUGGUGAAAUUGUGAUUUUGCCUCAAGGAUAUAGGUUUGCUGUUGACCUUCCGGAUGGACCUUCACGUGGUUAUGUCGCUGAAACUUUUGGAACUCAUCUUCAACUUCCUGAUCUGGGGCCAAUAGGCGCAAAUGGUCUAGCUGCUCCAAGGGAUUUUCUUGUUCCUGUUGCCUGGUACGGAGAUGGCUCCCGUCCAGGUUACACUAUUGUGCAGAAGUAUGGUGGUGAACUCUUCACUGCGAAGCAGGACUUCUCUCCUUUUAAUGUGGUCGCUUGGCAUGGCAAUUAUGUUCCUUAUAAGUAUGAUUUAAGCAAGUUCUGCCCUUACAAUACUGUAUUGAUGGACCACAGUGAUCCUUCAAUUAACACAGUUUUGACAGCACCAACAGAUAAACCUGGUGUGGCGUUGCUUGACUUUGUCAUUUUCCCUCCCCGGUGGUUGGUUGCUGAACACACCUUCCGUCCUCCAUAUUAUCAUCGCAAUUGUAUGAGCGAAUUUAUGGGUCUAAUCUAUGGCGGAUACGAGGCAAAAGCUGAUGGUUUUCACCCUGGCGGGGCAAGCCUUCACAGCUGCAUGACUCCUCAUGGUCCUGAUACCAAAACAUUUGAGGCAACCAUUGCACUUGGAAAUGAAGCUGGUCCACAUAGAAUAGCUGAUACCAUGGCUUUCAUGUUUGAGUCUUGCCUAGUACCCCGAGUCUGUCCGUGGGCUCUUGAAUCUCCGUUUAUGGAUCACGAUUAUUACCAAUGCUGGAUUGGCUUGAAGUCUCACUUCUCAGGACUAUCUAUGAACGAAGACAACGUCGAUUUGCAGAAAGGAAAACCCAUAGAAAGGUGAAAUGCUCAUUGUUCAGCUAGCUCCUGUAGUUCCUCCUAAAGUGACUUAAACUUGUACAUAAGGAGUCACAGGCAUGUAAAACAUGAAAUAAACCCUAUGUUAGUAUCAGAUUGAAAGUUUAGGGUGGCGAUCCAAGCGCGGAUAUAGUGGUAAGAUGAAACCAAUGUUCUAUGAAAUUGCGACGCAAGUAAAAAUGUGUUACCGUGAUGAUGUUGCAUGUAGACUUGUAGUUUAUGGUGCAUUUUGUAUAUAUAUAAAGAUGGAACUAUCAUAUAAAUACUUGUUGCAAUUACAAGAGCAAUGAAUUAAGUAAUGAUUUAUGGCAACGUUUGAUAGUAAGGGUGUGUUAUUCAAUUAA